GUACUUUAUCAUUCAUUCACCUAAGCCAUACUUAGUUGGACAAUGUGGAAAUCAAAUCGGAUAUCGUUUUUGGGAUUUGGCUUUGCGUGAACAUGCAAUUACGAAACAUGACAAUUUAUAUGAUGGUUGUGUGUCUUCAUUUUUCUCCAGCUCUUCGGAGCUAGGUAGUAGGAUUGCUGGAUUAAAAGCUCGAGCAAUACUUAUCGAUAUGGAGGAAGGCGUAAUCGCUGAAAUAAUGAGAAGCCCUUUGAAAGAUAUAUUUAACUUCAAACAGCUUAUAACUGAUGUUUCAGGUUCCGGAAAUAAUUGGGCAGUUGCCAACUGCUUUUAUGGGCAAAGGUUCGCUUCACGGUUGCGUUCAUCAAUUAGAAAAGCUGCAGAAUUAUGUGAUUCCUUGCAAUGCUUUUUCAUAAUUCAUUCUCUUGGAGGAGGGACUGGCUCCGGAAUUGGAACAUUUGUUUUAGAACAACUAAGAGAUGAUUACGAUGAUGUAUAUCGGUUAUGUUAA